AUGUCCUCCUACCUAACAUCCCUCUACACAACCACCACAUCCCGCUACGCCUCCCUACGCCGCAAUCUCCUCUCCUCGGAAGAAGACGGUGACACCGAAGACGACUCGCACAUCUCCCGCGUCCUGCGCGCCUACUACACCGAAAAAGGCCGUCCCUUCCCGCCAUGGCUGCCUCCCGACCCCAGAGCCCCCCAAGCCCAACAAGCGCCGGCGGCAAUCGCCAGCCGGCAAGGGAGUGUGGGAAGAGGCUCAGGAAGCGGAAGCGGAAGCGGGCUGAGCGACCUAUGGGACUCACCUGGGCAAGGCCAGGCACAAGAGCCCAUGAGUCUGCGACGCGGAGCGCCUGUGAGGGCUGGGGCGCGACAGCCACAGCCGCGAUCGGGCACACAAGAGCCGCUCGAACAACAGACGUCUAGGCCGCUGCCGAGCCAGAAGGCAGGAAGUCUGCAGUCCCAGUUCUCCGCUCCGCAGCGACAGGCGGCGAACCCGUCACCUCCUCCAUCAAGCGGGUCGGGGACGACGGCGCAGGAAAGGCUCAAAGCGCGGCUGUGGGGUAGUGCGAGAUCGGGGAGCCCGACGGGGAGUUCGAACACUCAAGGGACGGGGAGCGCUGCGAGCAGUCCAGGGCUCAGUCAGGUUGGGUCGAGGAACCCGCUUGAGCAACGAGGUGCUGCGCCGCCGUAUCCAGACGAUAGGGGUGCUGGUGGAGGCGCGGCGGCUGGGAGUCGGGGUGCGCGGUUUACGGGUGCCAGGAGUCCUGCGCCGCCUGGUGGGAGAUACUGA